AUGGGUUGGGGUUGUCUGCUGAACUUCGAAACUUUAAAAACCUGCAUAUCAGACUUGGUGACCUUAGUUGUUAUGUAUCCAAUCCGGAUAUGUGAAGUUGCACUGAUGCCUAAUUCAGAAAAGUUGCUUCUGAGAAAAUGUGCCAAACCGCUGGGAACAUGUCACCAUGUUACUGUCAGUGCUAAAGCAUUCAUAGAAAAAUAUACUUCAGUUUUUUGUGUUACUGUCAGUGCUAAAGCAUUCAUAGAAAAAUAUACUUCGGUUUUUUUGUAUUUGUUUAACUUUAGUGGUGUUGAAGCCAAACAGCCAAAUUCUGCCAUCAGAAAGUGCGUCCGUGUACAGCUUAUUAAGAACGGCAAAAAGAUUACUGCAUUCGUACCUAACGAUGGUUGCUUAAAUUACAUUGAAGAAAACGAUGAAGUUUUAGUCUCUGGAUUCGGUCGUAAAGGACAUGCCGUCGGUGAUAUUCCUGGUGUUAGAUUUAAAGUUGUCAAAGUUGCCAGUGUGUCGCUUUUAGCUUUAUUCAAGGGAAAGAAGGAAAGACCAAGAUCUUGAUUUCUUAAAAAAAAAUAGACAAAGUUUGAAAA